UCCUCUUCUCUGUCUCGCCCAAUCAAAAACCCUAAAAUUGUAAUUUUUUUUCGCUCUCGUUCCCUUUCGAUAGCCGCGGUUUCUCUCAGUGUUUUAGAUUUCGUUGAAUUCGUGAGAGAGCUUGAAGAAAUCUGUUGUUUGAAUUUGAUCUCUCUCUUUUUUUUGUUCUAAUCUGUCUAACUCUGCUCGACAAUGAAGAAGCUUGACCUAAUUAGGGAGAAUCUAUACCUAGGCGAUAUAUGCGCGGCUGCUGAGGUUCUCGAGAAAGGAAGCUCUGAGAUUUCUCACCUUCUUACUGUUUUUCACUGCCCUUACAUGACUGAACUCUACGAUAAGUGGCGCAACGCGAAACUAAACUCAAAAGUAAUCAAGGAAGUGUAUGUUGGUGGUAAUGGUGAUGAUGAUGAUCAAGAGGGGAGAGAGUUUGCGAGAGAGAGCGCGUUGCCAUCAGGGAAUCUUUUGUAUUCUAUUGAGCAAACUGGUAAAAAUCUCAACUUUACGAGAAUGGUUGUGUUUGCUCACGAUAAGGAAUGGGAGAAUCUCCUUGAUUUUUUCGAUCUCUGUUUGGAUUUUAUCGAUGCUGGUCGUAAAGAGAAAGGUGUUUUAGUUCAUUGCUUUGCUGGACAAUCUCGAAGUGCUUCUGUGGUUAUUGCGUAUCUGAUGAGGAAUGAAAAGCUAUCUUCGAAAGACGCUUUGGCAUCACUCAGGCACAGCAGUCACGCUAGUCCUAAUCCUGGCUUCUUAAAACAGUUGGAUUUGUUUGAGAGAAUGAACUUCAAAGUCGACCGUUCCAGCUCUAUCUACAAGAAAUUCCGUCUAAAAGCUUUAGGUUACUUAUAUAGCAAGGAUAACAAAUUUGACAGAUUGAAGUUAAGGGAUGAUCCGGGUUUGUUAACUGAGAGUUGUGGUAGUACGUACCAGUGCAAGAAAUGCAGUAGAGUGUUAUUGUCCCAGGAGCAAGUAAUUGAGCAUACUCCAGGUGACUCUGAUUCCGAGUUUGAUGACAUGUUUAAAAACAUGUUAGGAGAGGUUCAGAACAAGAAUCCUGGUGAGGUGAACCAGUGUACUUUAUAUUUGUAGAGCCGCUCAGCUGGAUGAAUGAAGGUAUGGAAGAUGAUGUGUCGGAAGGGAAGUUAUUGUGUCCAAAAUGUCAAGCUGAGGUUGGAAGCUUUGACUGGUCGGGAAGUUAUUGUAGCUGUGGAAGCAAGAUUGUUCCGGCGUUUCAACUUCAGAUGAGUUGCGUCGAUGUUAUCACUGUCAAGGAUGAGGUGAACCAGAUGAAGAAGAACGCAUGAGAAGUAAAGAGUCUAUAGGCUUUGAACUUUUACCGCAGCUUUUGCUUCAGCAUCGAAUCAUAUUCAUAUCAUCAUUUAAUCAUAUCAGCAUUGAAAUUUUGAAAACAUAAUUGUAUUUCUCUUAAUCAAUUAAGGCUUAACCGGUUAGUUUGA